AUGGGCCUGGAGGGAUUGGUAGCAUGUGACAGUCCCCACGAGAGACCUGAUGGUAAAAAAUUAAAAGACCACAUUCAGGGAGGGAGAAUCGAGGAAGGGAUUCUGCAGGCUGCCGAGGAACUAAGUCUGGCGAGAAAAAUGAUCCAGUGGAAACCAAGGGCGCCUUGA